GACCCGGCACCGCCCAGGGAGCGGCCGCACCCGCCGGUGGGCAAAGUGCGGGCAGGUUGCGGGCAGGCAAAGGAGCAGCAGCCAUGGAGCGCACAGCGGCCGCCCGGCUCUGCAGCAUCGCAGUCCUGCUGGGCGCUGCCCUCCUCCUGCCCAGCCCCGGGGACACCCAGGCUCCCGGUGACAUUGGAAGGCAGGACUUGGCCAAGGACAUAGCGCUGGGUGUACGAGCCGUGGAGCCACCUGAGGAGGGUGGGGUGAGCAAUGAGGUGGAACCAGGUAUAAAGGUCUUCUCCAGCAGUGCCUGGGCUCCAUGGAGUCCUCACCAAGCCCAGGCAGGACCAGAGGAGGACCGAGACCACCUCUACCACCCCCAGGACGAGGCCAGGGAGGCUGAUGUGCAAGGCCCCCUCAUGCUGUCCCUGGAGGUGCAGAGUGGUCCAGAGGAGGACCGUGACUACCUCUACCACAGCUGAGUGGAAACAUGACAUGGGCUGUGAAAUCAGGGUUGAGAGCUGCACCUCAGGCUUCCUGAGAGGACUCAUCCCUCCCUUCCCACUCUUGAGCCCCCCAAUAAACCCAUUCUCCUCUC